UGUUGCUAUUUUGGAAACCAAUCCCCUAGAUGCCAAAACCACAAUAUAUUCUAGAAUGACGAAAAGGCACAAUCAUACAAAAUAACAUGUUAAAUACGAGUAAUACAACAUUAAUUUUAAUAAGUGUAAAAAGGGUUCAGUUCACCAUCGGUGUAUUAAAUCGGGUAUUAAUGUGAAUUUUAGCUUAAGCAAAUUCUUCACUACCGCUAGGUAGAUUAUUUACGGCUUUGGAAGCAAGGUGGUUCACGAGGAAGCCCUUUCGCUUCAUCCCAUACAUCCGUUUACGAAAAAGAUCUUUCAACUUACGCUACGUUUUCUCUCUCCCCAGCAGUUCGGUGGAAACGGCAGUCAAUGGCAACAGCAGCAGCAGCAGCUGAAAGCAGUGCAGUGUCUGAACGUGAAGCAUCUCUCUUUCUCCCGUGGUGCUGAAGCAAAAAGUGCGGUGCAAAGCAAACCGAAGAAGCACACAAGAAAGAAGCGACAGACACAACACAGUGGACACACCAGCCAGUCAGCAAGAGCACCAGAGAAAAGACGGAGUGCUGAAAAAUUUCACUUUCUAUUUUUUUAACUUUUAUUUUUUAUGACAUACUUGCGUGAACUAUUCGACUAAGUUUGACCAAGGUUCUGUACUUCAUCGAGUCUCAUGAUCCUGAAAAAAUCCCAAGUGUAAUCAUUCUAUAAUCGUUCUCAUUUUGGAUAUUGCCAAAAAAAACCAUUACGACAGCGCUCGACAAGUGAAAGGUGCGCAGAAUUUGUGAAAUUACCAACCAGUCUGUCGGUGUCAGUGGAGAUAAAAGUGAAAACUGCAGCACACUACCGGGCGGAAGAAGCUGUGCUAGUGAUUUUGGGAAUUAAAUGCGCAAAAUUUCGAGCUAUGCGUAUGAAGCAAAGUGUCAAUGUAGUGCGGUGAUGACGUAGGCGACCUGACAAGUCAGAAUACUCUGUGUGUGCUAAAUUCUACCCACCUGGGUAACGUUGGCUCAAGCAACAACCUACCUAAGAUGUUGAAUUGUUGUGGGGAGUGAAACCUGUUUUAGGGGUCGAGUGAAGAAGAUUUUUUUUUCUUUCAAUAACUGCUGCUGGGUGGCUUGCUGCUAAAAAGUUGUGUACUCGUGACAAUCCGUUGACGAAAUUUUGCUGAAUCGUUUUGGGGGCGAAGUAAAAUCGAGAUCGAGUGACUCACCGCAUCACAGGAAAGGAACGGGGAGUGGUGAAGUCGGAGCCGUGCGGGGACAUCUAUCAAAUGGCUUCAACCGAGCAGACACAAUCCAAGGAAAAUCCGGAAGAAGGAGAGAAACGGGUCGGAUGUGCACACUACAAGCGACGUGCGAAAUUUGUGACACCAUGCUGUAACAAGUUCUACAUGUGCCGGUACUGUCACGAUGAAAACGAGACUCACUUUUUCAACCGAAGAACGGUUACGGAAUUGAUUUGCACCGAAUGCAACUGGCGGCAGCGAGUGCAAGCGCAAUGCGAAAUGUGUGGAGUGCGUUUUGGACGGUACACCUGUCUGGUAUGUAACCUGUUCGAUGACGAAGAUCGAAACCAGUAUCACUGUGAAGGUUGCGGUAUUUGCCGAGUCGGAGGCCGGGGUCGAUUUUUCCACUGUAAGGUGUGCAACAUGUGUCUACCAAUGCAGCUGCAGGUUGAAGGUCAUAAGUGUGUCGAGAACGUCUCCCGAUCGAAUUGUCCUGUUUGUUUAGACGAUAUCCACACAUCGCGCAUUCCCUGCCACAUUCCGUUCUGUGGUCACUUGCUGCAUCGAACGUGUUUCGAAGAAUUGCUUUCCUCCGGUCACUAUGCUUGUCCAACAUGUCAGACGUCGAUGAUGGACAUGAACCAAUUGUGGGAAUAUUUAGACGCAGAAGUAGCUGCAACACCAAUGCCAAAGGAAUAUGAAAAUUACAUUGUAGAUAUCCUCUGCAAGGAUUGUCAUAAGGAGUCAACGGUGAAAUUCCACGUAGUCGGAUUAAAGUGCAGCCACUGUGGCGCAUAUAAUACGUGUCGAACUAAAACAAAAAAUGAAACGUCUGCUAUAUGCACAAGCAAUAGUGAAGUCCCGUCAGUGAAUGGAGAAAGCAGUGGUUCCGGUCUGGCGGUGGCAAGCAGUUCUUCCUCAUCAUCCUCUCUUUCGACCGUAACUACAACUGCCCCCAGUAGUUCCAACAGUAGUAGUAGUAGUAAUAGUAAUAGCAAUAGCAAUAGCGAUGCCUCGUCUUCUUCGUCCUCUGGCGCUGCGGAAAUAGCAUCGACAUCAGCGGCUCGCGUUUAUACGCCACUAUCCAGUCUAGCAUCCGCUGUUGCUGCAUUUAGUAAUUCCGGUCCUCCGCGACCUCCACGCAGCAGUAAUGCUAGCAAAACUAGUAAUGGGAGCAACAACAACAGCAAUAAUCGAAAAGCAUAAGACAUAACCUGUCCAAUCACUAGCAUAUCAGCUUAUUUUUACCAAGAUUCGCGAGUGGACGUAGCUCGGUGGUAGUCGUAUGUUGUACUGUUCUGUACUAGACAAUUUAUUGUACUUGACCGAUACCUUGAUGGCAUAGGCGAAACUACCGGGGGUGCCGGGGGUGCCAGGCACCCCCUAGAAUUUUACUGCACUGCUGUGAGAUAUGGGGCGAUGAAUGAUGAAUGGAUGAACUAAUGAAUAUUUGUUUGUAGUGCACCCCCUGGUAAAAGUCCGUAGUUUCGCCAAUGCUUGAUGGUAUCAAACAUUAGGUGUUUUUAUUCCAGCUAAUGUAUGAGUUUGCUGAUAUCUUUUAUUUUAUGAAAUGAUUAGGUAGAUUUAGAGCGUUAUUCAGUCGCAGAACAACACAAAUUGAUGAAACAGUGAACUUUUUUUUGUCAAGGAAGUGGGUGCAAUCGAUUUCGCAAAAAUGUCUUGCAAUGACAAUUUUACCGCGUAAGCUAAAAAUGAACCUAUACCUAUUGCAAGCUUUUGAUACAAAAAACUGAUCAAACCCUAUUGUAGGAACAAGCUUUGUGCUUUCAAGGCAAGUUGUACAUAGACAGUGUUUCAGUGUCUCAUAUUUUGAAUGCUAAUUUACUAGCAUUGUAUGUGUGACUAUAUAUUUAUACAACGAUUUAUGUGGGUGUUUUUAUAUUUAUAUUUUUGUACAUUUUCAUUAGAAAAAAAUACAGAUUUAUUUUUACCCUUGGUCAUUGCUUUUCAAGUUUUUUUAGCGUUUUGGAAGAGUUUAAUUGUCGGUAACAAUAGUUUUCGUGGAAUGUGGAUAGCCAUAUAUACUGAUUUUCGAAUUAUAAUGCUUAUCGUUCAAUCAUCUAGGGACAAUGGAAAUUCGCGAUUUCGCGAAAUUGGGCAAUGGUCACGAAAUUGAUGAAAUAUCCCGCAAAAUGACGCAAAAUCUGAGACAAUUGAGAAAAUAACCCCAAAAAUUGGUCAAUUUCAAAGUUUUAAACAUAAAUUAGUCGAUAACUUGUAAAAGUGCCAAGUAAUUUACGAUUUCAAAUCUGGAAAAAUAACAGUUUAAUGCAUUUUACAUUUCUUUGCUAAUUUUCAUCCCAUUUGUAACAUUUUCUUUAAAUUUAAGACUAUGCCUCACAAAUUCCAAGUAAAUUAUGCAUUUCGCAUGUAUUUGCUUCAACGAUAUGGUCCAAAAGAUGGUGCCGCGAAAUGUUGACUCGAGAAAUUUGAUAAAUUUUAUCACGAAUUUACAUUGUCCCUAAUCAUUACAUGUGGAACAUAUUUUUCCGUGUCGAGGAGGACAAUGUUUCGACAAUUUAGCAUUACCCGAGUGGAUCGCUUUUUGCUAUCGAAAACUAGGAUUUCUUCGUUUAGGUUUUGCAGCGGAACGCAGGAAAACAUUUCUCUCAUGAGCACAAAUCUGAAGAACGCUGAAAAUUUGAUCCAUUCGUCACCCGCUUGUAUUGACCAAUCGAUCAACCUCCCAGAGCAAACAAGCACCCGGCUCCUUAGACGCGUGAUCCCGAAGCGUGGCCUCACUAUAUCUUCACCUUAAUCCAAAGUAUUUUGAUUGUUUGUGAAUCGUUCCACUGUUACCAACAAUAGUAGUUUUUUUUAAAUGCAAAGAAUUAUCCAUAAGUUAUCUGAAUGAAUUUGUCCCGAGUUAGAUCGAUAAUCAGUAGUAAACAGAAUGGCGAUCUGGUUUCAGUGAGAACCUCUUAUAACCCAACGCUACCAACCAUUAUUUCCAUAAAAUGCAUUAAACAUUGUGUUCGAUAUCUAUUACGUUCUUUUUAGGGUCAAUCCCAAUUAUAUGUGAUAAUGUAUUUUUAUGACGUGUAAUAUAAUGAACGGAACCCUCCGGAAUCCAUGUAGAUUAUAGUGGUAGUAGAAAAAAAAAUAAUAGAAUAGAAGAUAAAAUAUUCUCACAGCCCACGCAAGGCCCCCAAUCACACGAGUCUCGAAAUAAGGAACUAAAACAUUUUACAUCACAUCUGAAAACCGAUCUUCGGAAAAAAUAGCAUCACAGCAAAAAAAUAACCAUCACACACCCGAAGGUAUGCCACUUUUAAGAAAUCAAACGUACAGUAAUUAAUUAACAGCUCCUUUAUAACAGCAAUCGAUUCUAAAUCAAGCGAAAACGUCUAAUGUAGCGCAGACUUGCAUAGUUAGGUACGGUAAUUUUAAAAGUAGGAAUGCUGCUUAGUUUUGCGAAGUAAACAACAACUGAUUCCAAUCUAAAAAAAAAUGACACAACUCUUUAUCACAGUGAAACGUAUUCCAAAACUGAGCGAUCGUGUAGAUUCUUGAUGGAAUCGUUUGCAGAUGAUAGAUUUGUAAGAUAAACAAAAAAAAACUGACUGACCUACGGUCAGUUUCUGUGAGCUGCUGCAGUUAGUUUUAGGAAUAGGAAAAGUAGUGAAUUUAUGUUGUAACAUCAUAUCAAAAGAAAAUCAUUAGCAAUGCUCCAAUAAACGCGUUAUGUGAAUUA